AUGAAGAAGUGGCACAACGCACCCACUCCUGCACUACGAGCACGGGACCUGUGCCCCCCCUGUCACAGACUUAUAUCUAAGGAUAACCCCGUGACAGAACUGAAGGCGCACAGCUGGGGAGCACACCCGCACACUGCCAGGCAGCAGGAGAGACCUGUGGAGGAUAGAAGGAGAGUUCGAGCAAUUCUACCAUAUACCAAAGUGCCAGAAACUGAUGAAAUAAGUUUCCUUAAAGGAGACAUGUUUAUUGUCCAUAAUGAAUUGGAAGAUGGCUGGAUGUGGGUUACAAACCUACGGACAGAUGAACAAGGUCUUAUUGUAGAAGACCUGGUAGAAGAAGUUGGAAGAGAAGAAGAUCCCCACGAAGGCAAAAUAUGGUUCCAUGGAAAGAUCUCCAAACAAGAAGCUUACAAUUUGCUGAUGACAGUUGGUCAGGUGUGCAGUUUUCUUAUAAGACCUUCAGAUAAUACACCUGGUGAUUAUUCACUUUAUUUUCGGACCAGUGAGAACAUUCAACGUUUUAAAAUAUGCCCAACUUCAAACAAUCAGUUUAUGAUGGGAGGCAGAUAUUAUAACAGGUAAGUUUUAAGUUGUAUUUUCUAGUUUUGUAAAGAAUUUAUGUACUGAUCUCAUAAAAAUCUCAGUAUUUAUUAAAAACGCAGAAAAUGUUUUAUCUAACUUGCAAGUAGUUACUUGUAACUAAGGCAUUUGAAAUGUACUAAGUGUAACUUGCUUUUCUGAAGCAUUUGUCUCCUGUAAAUGAGUUUCUUCACCCUAUAAAUUGGAUUAUUACACAUAAUUAAGAAAAUUCAGUGUUGUCUUGGAAGCUGUUUAUAAGAGGAAGCUUCUUGUACAUGAGGGGAAAAUAGAAACGAGUUUUAUUUGUGACAUUCAAGAUGUAUUUUUAAGUAUUAGUAAUAGAAAUUGAUAUUCCCAGGAUAAAUUGAAAUAGCUUGAAACUGGCAGAGGAAGAAAUUCUUUACUGUGAGAGUGAUGAGACACUGGAACAGGUUACCCAGAGAGGUUGUGGAUGCCCUCACCCUAGAGGCAUUCAAGGCCAGGCCAGAUGGGGCUGUGAGUAACCCGGUCUAGAGGGAGGCGUCCCUGCCUAUAGCAGGGGGUUGUAGUGAGAUGAUCUUAAAGGUCCCUUUCAACUCAAACCAUUCUAUGAUUCU